AUGGCAAUUCCAUAUAUAAUUCGUUUUUGGUUAUAUUUAAUCUUCCUUAUUCCAUCGGUUCUAUGUGCUCUAUUUUGUCUUUAUCAUUUUCUUAUUGAUCGAGUACUUCGCAAAGCACUUAAUAAUCAUGUAGUAAUGCUCAUACUCUUUCUCGGUGUUUUUUUAAAUCUGACUGACAUAGUCUGGUACAUUGAUUUUUAUCGCACUGGUCAUCCUUUGUCAUUAACAGAAGCCUUUUGUAUGACAUGGACAUAUAUUGAUUAUGCUGUAUUUGUAUCAAUAACAUUACUAGUAGCUUGGGGAUCAAUUGAACGACAUAUUCUUAUUUUUCAUCAAAAUCUGGUUUCUACACAAAUCAAACGUUUUCUUGUACAUUAUUUACCAUUGUUCACAGUUACUAUGUAUCCUUUUAUAUACUAUAUUAUUAUAUAUUUUGUUUUGCCGUGUGAUCCAUGGAUCGAUUUCACCACGUCAGGAUGUGGUAUUUCUGCUUGUGCAUAUAACACUGCAUUCCUUGGAAUGUGGGAUAGUAUAGCACAUAAUAUUGUACCUAUAUUUAUUAUUGUUAUCUUUAGUAUGGCUCUUUUUGGACGAAUAUGGUAUAGUAAAUAUCGAAUCAAUCAAAGAAUGCGAUGGAAAAACUAUAGAAAAAUGUCAAUUCAACUAUUAUCUAUAUCUGCUAUUUAUUUAAUAAUAGUAUUUCCAUCAAUGAUUUUAUAUACUGUUUAUACAGCCGGUAUAAGAGAUAAUUCGUAUUAUGAUUUCUUUGAUAUUAGUUAUUAUCUGUCGUAUUUUGUUACUUUACUUGCUCCAUUUGUGAGUGUUGUCUCAUUACCGGAACUUCGAACGAAACUCAAAAAAAUCAUUCAAUUUUUUUCACUAUCGAAAUGUACUCGUCGUAAUCAAAUAAUACCAAUAAAUCAUUCGACAACUCACUGA